AUGAUUCGUUUCGGUUGGUUGUCAAAAGCCAUCAGGACACCUCCAUUCUUCAUCGCUGGGUUGAUAGUUGCCACCAUAAUGACAUUUAGUGUGAUUAUCCUCUCUCUAAAGCGAUCCAAUAGUUUUUACAAUGAUCCGGAGCUUUCCAAAAUAUUCAUCAUUGAUCCUCCCAAAAUUGCAUCAUCCUCUCUUUCGUGUCCUCUUGACAAUCAAGAAACCUUUCCAGAGAAAUUCUUUUCAACCAUUUGGUCAACACUCCCUCAGACCAAAUAUGAUGGAAGAGGUAAAAAAGUAUUCUCCACAGUUUCCCCGAAAUUUGUUCGAGUGAUUAAAGAAUUGCAAUUGAGUGAAAAAGAACAAGAAUAUUAUCAUGAAUUAAUUCCAUACAAAUUAUCACAAAAUUCAGAAGAGGAAAUAUGUAAAGAACCUCAAAACAGACUGGAUGAAUUAAGAUUUAAAUAUUUACGAGAUUUGACUAAUAAAUGUCGAGAAUCUGAUCAACGAAGAUUUCGAACAGGAACAUAUUGUGCACGAGCCGAUCAAAAAGCAUGGAUUUUAGAACUUGAUUGUGCAUGGGUAGAUGAAUCGAGUUUUCACACGGACGUUUCAUGGGCAACAUUUAAUGAUGAAGGAAUUAUUAUUCAAUCUCAACUUGAAAAUGGUUGGAAACCAACCAUUAAAAAGUCAUUUCGAGUUCGACAUUUUGACAAAAUUGCAAAUCCUGGCUAUAGUGUCUUCCUGAAUGCAAUUGGACACAUGCCUGUUGAAAUUCUUCCAAGAUUAGUUCGAAUGUAUAAUGAAUUGCCAAAAGAUGUUCCAUUAAUUUGGCCUAAAAACCCAGUUUCUGUGAAUUAUUAUCUCAUGAUGAAAGAAUUAGGAGUCAUUGAUGGAAACAGAACACUUGUGACUACUGAACUUGAUACAGUAAUAAGAGCAAACAAACUUUAUCUUUAUCAUGCAGAUGAUGAAAACUUUCCACACAUGAACAUUUUGGAAUAUCUCAAUUUAAAUAAGAAAAUCACAGAAGGAAUGGCAAGACUAUUUCCACACGCCCUCAAACGAUCCACAUCCAACCACAAAAUUAUUACACUCAUUGAUCGAAAGGCCUAUGAUAGAAAUGUGAAAAAUCAUGGAAAGAUUUUACAACGAUUGAAAAAGACCUUUCCUCAACACCACGUACGAGAAUUUGUCAUUCAUCCAUUCGAACCUUCUCUUUAUCUACAACAAGUAGCAAAAGUAUUUUAUGAAAGUGAUAUUAUAAUCUCUCCUCAUGGAGCAUCCUUAUCAAACAUUAUAUUUUCAAGACCUGGUACAGGAAUUAUUGAAUUAGGGUGGGGCAAACUUCCUCAAGAUUACAUGUGCUUUUCUAGGAAUAUGAAACUCAAGUAUACACUUGUUUGUGGUGAAGGUAGUCACACUUCGGAUUUGAUCAUUCCAGAGAAUGAUGUGAUUCAAGCGGUGAAAACCAUUUUAGCAGAUUUAGAGUCGUCAUCAACUCAUUCGUAUCAUCAUUCAGAAUAA